AUGCACAACACAAAUAGUGAUCCUCCCAUCAAUAACAAUCAACAUAAUCGACUGAGCUCCAACAGCCAUCAGAAUAACAUCAAGCAUACUACACAACAGUACACAUUUCGAAAGACGACAGACCAUUCAGUAUUCACUUCAACACAACUGUCAUUGCCGUCACCACCGUCACAACAAUCAUCACAAUCAGUCUUCUCAAACUGUUCACACAAACGUGCUUCAGCUAACCUGCGAGAACGCAAACGCAUACGACUCAUCAAUCACGCCUUCAAUGGACUGCGUUCUCACUUGCCUAGGGAGUUGUUGUUCUCAAGUGCAUUGCUGGAUGAUAUUGACUCUACCAUUCAUAGCUCAGUUGUACAAGAUCAGUAUCCUAUUGUCAUGGAGUCAGCAAACAAAAAAAUGACCAGCAGAUUGAGCAGUCAGUAUGCUGACCCAACAAACUCAUAUUUCCGAAAACAAACUAUCUCAAAAGUUGAUGUGUUGAGAGCUGCAAUCAGGUACAUUCGUGUGCUUCAAGAGAUUGUGAAGGGACUGGAUUCGGACCACCCAGUACAAGAAAGUCACAACAAUCCUGAUCAGAGUAGUCGUCUUCAGCUGAACACUCAUCCACCAGGAUUCUGCAUACAGCUCGGUAAUUGUCCAUGUUCAAACGAUAAUUCUGAUAAAUCUGUAGAAGAGCGACUGUAUACGAAGAAGAUAGACGAAAUGGCAGUGGAAGAAAGUAAGCUCUGA